UUUUUUUUUUUUUUAAAAAGAAAUCAGAUUGCUUUCAACUAAAACUGGAUGUUUUGACUAAGUAAAGUAAAUUUAAACGAUUUAAAUUUCAAAAUAUUGUUGUACAUAUCCUCCACUUUUCAUACAUAUCAAAUUUCUCUGGUGUAGCAUACCACCUUAUAAAUCGCAUUGACCAUGGUCAUUUUCUCAUCUGUAGCUUUGACAUUUGUUAUUUUCCCAUCAAUUGCAGUUAACUACAAUGCCACAGGGUGGCGUAACCCAUUAACUUGUAUGAAAGCUUGAUAAGUAGCUAAGGCCAGAGCUUUUUUAAUUUUCUGUUUAACGGGAAACGCCGAACCGACUUUUUUUAAAUACCAAAAAAAAAAAGGAAAAAAAAAAGGUAGAAUUUACUUUCAUUUUUCAAAUCCCCGCCGAACGUCUAUUAUGUGAUGUUUUCAAAUAAAAUCGGGAUCGUUAUACACAAUAUUAAAGAAUCAUGUAAACGCUUGUUGAUAAGGGAAUUCUUAAAGCUGAAUCAAAACUUCUUGCUGAUUACGACUAUUUACCAGUAAAUGAGAACUAGUUUAAUGACGUUUCCGCGGGAAUAUGGAGGAUCACAUGUACACGAGAAUCAACGUUAAAUGCAUUGACUCACCAGUUUGCCGCAGUAAAAUUGUGAAGGCACGUUUAAAUGACACUGCUGGGCAUGUCAUUGCCGAAAUCGGAUCUUUUAGAAGAAUCGGACAAAAAUGUCUACCUCAAAAUAUCACGGAUCGAAAGUGAAAACACUGGCAUUGAUCCCCAAACACCUGUCAGCGUGUUGAAAGAUUUUGGGUAAGCCAUUGAAUAGUUAUAUAGUCAUACACGUUAUCCUGUGAAAAUAAAAUUGUUAAAAGUAUAUUGUGACCAUUCUUUCACAUCAUUACUGAUUUUGAAUUCAGUAGAAGCUUUGAAUAUAUAUCGAAACACUUCCAUGGUAACAUUGAAUGAGUAUUGGUGUAGAUUCAUAGUUUAGGAUUAACAUAUUUUAGAUACAAAUCCAUGUCUGCAUGGAUGAAUAAAUUAGGGUCUGACCAGGAUUCCAGCAACAACAACACAGCUGCCAAGGGGAAGAAUAUAUUUGAUGUAUUGAAGGCCGCUACUAGAAGCUACACACAUUAUCCAGCACAAAGAAAAGAAAUUACUUCCAAGGAUAGGUUAUACAAUGGUAUCAUCUCGAUCCUAAAGAAGCAUAACAUUGGGUUCACCAAGUUCAAAGUGUGGGCAACCACAUAGUGUCUACGUUGACUCGGGCAUUGUGGUACCUAGAUCCACAUCAUGAGAAAUUUCGGAAAAGAGGCUCUUUAAGGAAAUAUGCGGCUACCGUGAUCUCAAAAUGCAACAUAAGAACAUUCCACAGGUUGUUUCCAGUGACCUAAGAGAAAAUAUGGAAAACUUGUCAUCACUUCUGACAAUACCAUGGUCAAUGAAUCCCCAGUGUAAAGAAUACUAAUCGUCUGUUGAAGAUUUGAUUUCUUAUUUCAAGAAAUAUGAAGAGUAUUUAUGCAACUGCAACAAGAAGAUGAAGGAGAACCAUAACAGCCCUGCACCAGUGCGCGAUUUUAAGGACAACUGGAUGCUUAGAGUUGUUGAGCCUGUUAGAAAAGUUACUGUAGAGUAUGGAGCUUUGGACUUGUGUGUGAAUGAUAUGGCAGAAUAUCAACCUAUUGACCUCAUAGAUUUUGAACCUAAUGAUAAGGAGGCAAGAAGAAAAUGGAUAACACACUUAGGGUUAUCAAAUCUAUAGCCUUAUUUUCAUUCCAAUAUGGAAACUAUCUUGGAAACAUGAAUGUUUUAUGGAAACUUCCAGAUUCAACUGAAAGAGAUACAGUCAAGCAAGUACAAGUUGUCAACGAAGUAAAACAGAACAUAAUGAAAUUUUCUACAAGAAAGAUGCAGAAGGAUUUUAUAGAUCGAUAUAAAACCUGUACCGGCCUACAGCCAGUAGUUUUAACGAAUAUCUAUAUGUAUCUUACAGAGUUUGAGUAUCAGGCAAAUGCUGAAGAGGUUGAAGAACGCUUUAUGAAGUUUCUGUUGGAAAGUGAAGACUGUGAUUUGAUUUUUGACAUGCGAAAAAAUAAUGGUCGACCUACAGAAGAGAAGUUCAAGCCAUUCUGGAAGGAACUGAAUAAGUUUUUUGAUGAAAAAGCUGCUGUUCAUGAAAGGCGAUCAAAUGACAAACUUUACUUACCAUUUGCCAUUUCAGUGGAAGAUCUCAGGCGCCAAAUACUUGAGAGAUUACCAGAGGGUUCAGAGGCUCCGUCUGUGUCUUGGCUUAAAUUCAACUUUAGUCCAGCAAAUGUGUACAACACAACAGCUAAAAAUUACAUUGGACAAUACAAUGUUCGGUUGGCAGUACAAAAAAGAUUAGUCCGAGUUAAGCAUCUCGACUCUCAUUACUGUGCUGUUCUAUUUUCAAUGCUGAAAGAAUUUGCUUACCAGAUGAGAAAGUAUUCAAGUUUCCAAUGCAUGGAUGACAAGGUCAUUGUUUCUUUGGGUGAACCGGGUCAUCCAGUUUCAAAUGGAGUACGUGCUCACCAUGGCGGACUUGUAGGUGGGUGCAUGAAAGUGGUAGCUUUAUACCAUGACUUCCAUGUAGGUGGGAUAAUUCCAUCUGUCUGUUUCAUGAACGAUAUUCCAGAAAAUCCAAAAGACUCCUUUUACAAUGGACUUCUUUAUGUUACUGUCAAAGACAAGGUUUUCCAAGCCUCAUCUCCACUGCGACAUUCCACUGAAAAUGUGUCUUUGAUGCGCAAGUGCUUCUCUAAUGAUGAUGUGAACCUUCGAACUCCGGUGCUCAUCCGUUACACUGAUGGUGGACCAGACCACAGGACAACAUAUAAAAGUGUGAAAAUUUGUGCUCUGAUGGAGUUCAUAGCUCUUGACUUGGACAUGAUAGUAUGUGCACGAACAGCUCCAUGUGGAAGUUAUGCAAAUCCAGCAGAACGAACAGUGAGUCUCCUUAAUUUAGCUUUACAGAAUGUAGCAUUGGAGAGAGAUGCUAUGUCUCCAGACUGUGAAAUGCAAAUUAAGUCAGCAAGAUUACUUAAGAAGCUAAGGAACUUGGCAAGUAGAAAUCAGAGACUUAAAGAAGAGUGCACACAAGCAGUUGGUGUAUCAUUGAACGUUUUAAAAGAAAGAUCCAAGCGUCUCAGAUGGAAAGGAGAAAAUGUAUGUGUGCAGGAGGCAGCUAGUCAAGAGGAGAUGAAUGCAUUGAUAAAGAAGUGUUUGACAGACAACUGUGGGUAUUGUGUGCUAAAUCCUCCCCGGCUUCCAGAGGAUGUCUUCCGUGACCUUCAGUUUGUUCCAGAUCCAACAAAGGAUGAAAAUGGGCAGUACAAAAGCUUUAAGGAUCUGUAUGGAACAGAAACUAAUGAUAUGGAGACACCAAGUCUGAAAGGAAAACCUGGAGAUUCUUCUGAAAGAGUCAAGAAAUUUAAAGCUGUAUUGGUUGGAACAAAGGUUAGGGGAUCUGUGCUCUGCACAGAGUGUGGGAAGAGGAGGGUUAUCUAUGCAAGCAGAAAGUUGAACAGAACCGAGGAGAGCAGUGGAGCGUGUUCAAGAGGAACUACUAUAUCUUUGUGGCAAUCCUUUGUUUCCUGGUGGACAAUACCAAGAUGUCAUUAUCUGCAGGCAAAAUAUUGA